AUGGGAAGGAAGGUCGGCAGCCGGGAAAUGCGGGGAAACAACGGCCUACGAGACAAGAGAGAGCGGAGGAGAAUUCAUGGAAACGAUACAUACGACGUAUUUGCGGAGAGGUUGAAAGAAAACGAAAGGCAACACGUGGUGGUGUUUUUCCCGCAGGCGCCGUCUGAGACGACGACGUCUUCCAAAUCUUUGGAUGAGAAAUGA